CACAUGCGAUUGCGCGACGCCACACUUUAUCGUGACGAUAAGUAUCCAGUUUUUGGCAAGAUAUCUGCCACGUCUCGUCUGGGCUCCAUGGACGUGUAGCUUGAUCGGCUUCUUACCUAAGUACGUACAUAGAUACUUGCUUGCAGCCUUCAACCCCGCAUCCCCUCGACAGACGCAUCUCGUCAGCUCGGAUAUCCCCCCACCAUGGCCCCCUCUGCCGUUCAAGUGGAGCCAAGACAGCUGCCGCAGACCAAGCAGCUGGUCCCACGCUCCAAAGAAGACGCAUCCAAGGAGUUGACGCCCCUCCAGGCCAUCUCGCAGGGCAUGUGUCUUCCCAGCGUGCCGCUCUUCUCGUCGUACGACAAGCAGCGCGCAUGGAUCCUGUCUCACAUGGCUGGCGCCUUUCGUAUCUUCGCCAGGAACGGCUUCACCGAAGGCAUGAGUGGCCACAUUUCCGUCCGCGACCCCGAGAACCCCCACACCUUCUGGACAAACCCACUCGGAAAGCACUUUGGCCUGAUCAAGGCAUCAGACAUGGUGCUCGUUGACUACGAGGGCAAAGUAGUCGGCGGCAACCAAAGCAGGCCCGCCAACGCUGCCGGCUUCCUGAUCCAUUCGGCGGUGCACAAGGCACGGCCCGAUGUCAAUGCAGCGUGCCACUGUCACGGCAGGGCAGGCAAGGCCUGGAGCGCUUUUGCGAGGCCGUUGGAGAUGCUCAACCAGGACGCCUGCUACUUUUAUGGCGACGCCCAAGCCGUAUACAAGGACUUUGGCGGUGUUGUCUUCAGCGAGGAAGAGGGCAAGAGACUGGCCGCCGCCUUGGGGCCAAAAGGCAAAGCCAUGGUCCUGCGUAACCACGGCUUGCUGACGGUAGGAAGCACAGUUGAUGAAGCAGCAUACCUCUAUACGCUGAUGGAGCGCUCGUGCCAAGUCCAGCUACAGGUCGAAGCUGCUGCCGCCAACGGCAUUCCAAAGGUGUACGUGGAUGACGACGCGGCAUCCUACACCUUUGAGAUGGGCAGCGAUGCGGAGACGCUGUAUUGGGAACUCCAGCCCGAUCUCGAGUACGAAUAUGAAAUGAGCAACGGCAACUUUGCGCACCCUGACUGCGAUGAGGUUGUUUGGCCCGGAUAUUAGAGCACCCUUCACGACACUUUUGCAAAUAGAUAGGAAUACUAGAUGAUAAAAGGUGCUCCAAUGUUAUGCCUCUUCCGC